AUGUCUAGUAAAUAUGGAAGAAUAAAUGACUCGGAUGAUGAUUCAUCUUCAUCGUCGUCGUCGUCAUCAUCUUCCUCAUCAUUGUCAGAGUCAUCGCCAUUGAUAUUGCCGGCACAGCAAGUCACUCCAAAUUAUAUAGAUGAAAUCAAACCAGAUAACACAAAGAAUAUCAACAUCAUGGUGCUCACUGUUUUCCUUAUGAGUAUAGGUUUCACAUUGAUGAUGCCAUCAAUGUUAGAUUAUCUAAAUUGGGUUAAUCCAGAUUACGGAAGUAAAUAUAAUGGUUUGGUAACUGCAAUUUAUAGUGCUGGACAGUUUGUUGCAUCACCUAUUUUUGGUUACUGGGGUAAUAAGAGACCAACUCGUGAACCUCUGAUCGUUUCAAUCAUUAUCUCCAUUCUUGGAAAUGCGCUGUAUGCAGUCGCCUAUUUGUUUGGCGAUGGAUACAUCCCAGUGAUGGUGAUCGCUAGAUUCAUUGUUGGUGUUGGUGCCGGUAAUGUUUCGGUAUGCAGAGCUUACGCAUCGGAGACAUCGACUCUCUCCAACAAGACUCAGACAAUGGCAAAGAUGUCCGGUGCACAGGGUGCCGGUUUCGUUUUGGGUCCAGCUUUUGGUUUCGCAUUGUCCUACCUCAAGAACACCAGCUACAACGGAUGGUACUUCUCACAAUACACCGCACCCGGUUACCUGUCGGUGUUGUUCGCGUUGGUCAAUGUCAUCGUUUUGAUUCUCUAUUUCAACCCACAAAAACCAAGACCAAUUGCAACGGGUAUUCUCAUCAAUCAGGCCGAAGAAGAACGGUUGCAAGCAAAAAUCAAGUCCAACGAGCCCGAGGAAGAUCGUCUGCCAGUGUUUGUAUCGAUCUACUUGUUCGCAGUGGUUAUCUCGAUUUUCGCUGUAUUCGAAUCGGUCAUGGCAAUGAUGACUUUGAAAUACUAUGGUUGGGGACCAAAGGGUAACGGUUUUAUUAUGGGUGCUUCUGGUGUGCUCUCUGUGGUGGUUUUCGUUGCCAUUUCGACACCGAUCAUCAAGAGAAUCGACGAUAGAAAGACAGCGUUGUUUGGUUAUGUAAAUUUAUUUAUUGCUUUGCUUUUCUUGGCCAGCUACGACAAUGGACCGUUCCGCUGGGAGACCGGUCUUCCAAAGUGGCAGUUGGUUAUGGGUGCCAUCUUUGUAUCGAUCGGUUAUCCAAUCGCUUCGUCGCUGAUCUACGCCAUCUUUUCAAAGGUACUCAAUCCAAAGCUACAGGGAACAAAGAUGGGUUGGUUGACAGCCGGUGGUUCACUGGCAAGAAUGUUGGGUCCAAUUUGGGCAACCGCUUUGUUUGGAGUUGCUGACGACAUCCUCUACUUUACAUGUGCAGGUCUUACAGCUACAGGAGUUAUUGUACUAUUAAUUUUCUACAGAAGAUUGACUCCACACAAAGACUACAUUAUUCCAGCGCCAGUAGCAGCAGCAGCAGCAACAACCACUCCAACACCAUCAUCAAUCUCUGUCAGAAAUGAUGACUCCUAA